UUCAGCCUCACCUUUACCACGUCUCGCAUCCUCGACGUCGAACAGAACUCACAAACCGUACACGAAACACCUUUUCAAUGGCACGCAUGCAGUCGAAGAAACAUCGUCGUCUCUUGGAUUUUGGAAAGCCACCCGGUUCUGCGCCUAGCCAUCUGACGUCUCAAGGCCCUUCUCAGGCUCCGCUAGGGAGUCCUACCCUUGAUAUGGAAACUUCGAGCAGCGCAUCCAAGGGAGGGCUUGCCAAGAUCAAGCGCUUCUUCCAUCGGAACUUCCAAAGUCAUCAAACCACUGCGACGGAGAGGGCCCAUACAAAUACCGAUGUGGGUCCUCUGGAGCAAAUGGAACAAUCACCGGCGCCUGGAACAGAGGUCACCCAACGGCCAGCCGACGAGACUCAGUCAGCACCCGUAUCAGCUGCGGUUGGACAAGAUGUCGAUGCCGCGGUGAAAGCAUUCCAUGACAUUAAUCCUAUUUGUCGCAUCGGAUGUGGUGUCAUCAGUGUCAUCGACGACGCCAAUACCCAAUUCACGGAAAUCGAAAACUUCAGCGAUACGUAUCUCAAACCUUUCAAAGUUUUCAAUGAAAUCGUUACUACUCUUUCCAACGUUCACCCUUAUGCCAAGAUUGCACUGGGAAUCUUGUCCGCCGCAUCCAAUUUGCUUAUCAGCCAAGCUAAUCGAGACGCAGCAGUAUCCAAUCUGCUGAAUAAAAUCAGGAAUACCUAUGAAUUCCUUGCGGAAGAUGACACCAUAAAGAAUAUCGAGAACAUGAAGGAUACCCUUGCAAUGAUCGCGCGGGUGAUAAGUGACUCUGCACAAUUUAUCAAAGACUAUUCUGAAACGAAGAGUUUCUGUACGUCUUAUUUUCGUAUAGUCCCAGUGUGUCGAUGCGAUACGUACGUUUUCAGGGAAAAGAAUGGGGAAAAACAUUUUAUCUGAAACGCAGACCAUUGUCGAUGGUCACAUCAAAACCCUAGAUGACUUGAUGCAGCAGUACCGCGACCGCACGAUCCGGAACAUUCACAUCAACGUGACUCGCGUAUUCGAGGAUUUGAACCUCGAUGGCAUGGCUUACGCAGGCGGGGCUGGCCUGAACACGACCAAGAGAUGCCUUGAUGGUACGAGGACCGAGAUUUUACAGCAGAUUAUUAGUUGGAUUACCAGUCGUGACGUCGA